UCCACCCAUCGCUUUGCACCCGGCACUAUCUUGGCUGUUUGCCAGACGCUGUUCUCGAGAUGAAGACAGAGAAGAAGGACGGGGUGGACUGUGUCCGUGUUGGUCAGCGACGGUGCUCAGGCUUCAGGUCAGGUGUUCAGACCUCACCUUGGACAGAAUAUCACUCUGACAUGUCAAGUUUCCAACAAUGCCACCAUCGUAGCUGCAUGGUGGGCCAGACGAGACCUGAAGUCAGAAUAUGUCUUCUAUUACCGGGAUGGGCAGUCUGAUACCGACAUCCAGCAUCCAUCCUUCCAAAGCAGGGUGGUGUUGGCGGAGGGUGAGCUGAAGGAUGGCAACCUGUCCGUGGUCCUGAUGAAUGUGAGCAGCAGCGACUAUGGAGAAUACACCUGUGGCUUUAAGGAGCACAAAGAGGGAACAGUUGUCAAGAAUGAGUUCACCUGCAACAUCACACUGACAAAACCAGACCAACAUGUGACAGUGCACCCUGGACAUGACGUCACUCUGAGAUGUGAGGCUGGUGAUGUCUCCAUCUUAGUUGUAGAGUGGACCAGACCUGACCUGGAGCCACAGUACGUCCUCUUUUACAGAGAUGGACGCUUAGAAAUAAAGCGACAGCAUCCAUCCUUUAAAGGCAGGGUGGAGCUGGUGGACAGAGAGCUGAAGGACGGAGACGUGUCUUUAACUCUGAAGAAUGUGACCAGCAGAGACUCUGGAACAUACGAGUGUCGAGUUGCAGCAGGUGGAUCAAGAUACAGCAAGAGAGCCAUCAUUAAGACUGAUCCAAUCAGAGUCAUUGAGCUGGAGGUUAGAGGUUCAGAGAAGGAAAACUCCAUGGGUGGAAACACAGAGAAUGAACACCCCGUAAAUGGACACUUCCCUCAUCUAUACGUUGGACUGGCAGCAGGAGUUGUUGCAGUGCUUCUUGUAGCUGCUGCAGUGUUUCUUGCUGUCUGGAGAUAUAAACGACGUUCAGACCAGAGAUCAGAACGGCCUGCUGCUGAUGAAGAAGGAAACCUGUAAACCAUGUUUACCUCUGCUGUUUGAGACUCUUCACCAUGAUGGUCUGUUUCAGCCAGUCAUGUCUCUCCUCCAUGAAUCACUACCUCAUCAUGUGCAGUGAGUGCGAACAGAAUCUGUCAGGUUUUACUGAAAGAUCUGCUCGUAUUUUAUUUUUUAUACGUUAUUUAAAUUUUCAUGUUGCGUGAAUCCUGUUGUUUUGUGUAACGUAUGUAGAGACAUUUCACUGGAGUAAAUAAUUCUCCCUCCAUGAAUCACUACCUUAUGGUGGAGGAGGGUUUGUGUUAGGGUUGGGCGAUAAUACGGUAUCCCGCGGUAUCUAAAAAUAGCAACGGUAUCAGUUUCAUUACCGUCAUUAAAAAAAUCUGCCGCACAUAGGCCUAUAGGGGCCUGAUAUAAUAUUACAUAUAAUUUAUCUAUUAACUAUAUAAUAAUGAGUGUUUGUCCAGCACCUGUGUAUGUGUGGUUGAGUUUUCAAUUUAAUACUAAUUACAAUUUAAAACUAAUAAUAGGUUAUAAUGUUUCUCUUAUAACUGCCCUUAACUGUUGUCGGGAGAUGAUGUGGUGCACCUGAAAUAGUUUGACCAGUUAAACUUCUGACUGAGAGCUGGGAAUUUCUGACCUUCGAGUACAAUAAUAAACCACAACUACCUCCGCUAAAAUGUCAGGCUUUAUUUACGUGAGUGUUUGCUGGAAGAAUGGAGUGUUUGUAGCGACUUUUACGUGCAAAAAAGAGCAGUGAUAGGAGUCAGUUUAUAGGAGUUUGAGGUGGCGCCAUUUUGUGCCAAUGAGAGGUGUUAAGUGUUUAAGGGCUCCUGCACACUGUGAAUAUUUCAAAAAUAUAUUGUUUGUAACUAAGAUGCACUUUACUUGAUAUGGACUUGGUUAAAACUUAAAGAUUGAAACAGUUCAUUGAAUGUUGAUUGUUCAUGAUGUGAUGAAGUGUGUUUCCUGCUGAAAUACAUCGGUAAAACAUGUAACAUAAGCAUUACAUAGUAUUUUAUUACAGUGGCCUGUAAUUAUUACAGAAGUUUAAUGAAAGGUUUUACUUUAAUGUAAAAGUCAACAGUUUGUGUUUACCACAGAAACUGUAAAUGGAUGCUUUAGUGAAACUGUAAGAAAUGUGAGAUACUGAAAGUCAUGGACUUACUUACUAACAACUUGGCACCCAUCUACCUCUCCAACCUGCUGGAACCCUAUGUCCCUCCAAGGUCCCUCAGGUCCUCUGAUCAGCUUCUUCUAGCUGUCCCUAAAUCCAGGCUGAAGCUCAGGGGAAAUCGGGUUUUCUCAGUGGCAGCUCCAAAACUUUGGAACGAGCUGCCUCUGCAUGUUAGGCACGCCCCCACUCUGCAGGUGUUUAAAUCACGCCUCAAGACACAUUCUUUGGCUUUUUCAAACACAGCCUGAGUGAUUGGUGUUCUUCAUGUGACGCUGUGUAUGCUUUUUAUUUAUGAGUUGUGAUUGUGAGUUGUUACCUGUUUAAUUUUCUUUUACUUGUAAAGCUCUUUGGUCUCAGCUCUGUUGUUUUAAAUGUGCUAUAUAAAUAAAUUGGUAUGGUAUGGACUGAACAAAGGGAAGAGACUGGAAAGAACAAAAGAAACUGAAUCGCAUAGAACUGAAAUAUUUUGUUUACAUGUAACUUGUUAAUAAAACAACCAGGAGAAGCAAUCUGGAAGGAAA